CUGCCGAUACCAUUAUCGCCUCCAUUCGCAUUCCUUAUGCGCAGGAAAAGAACGAGUUCUUCCGCGCCUAUAAGUAGGCCAAGAGGAAAGAUGACGAUAUCGCCAUAGUCACAGCGGCUCUAAAGUCCGCCUGGAUGAUGACGGCGUUGUCGAGGCAGCCAACCUCGUCUGCGGAGGCAUGGCGCCCUUCACGGUGGCUGCAAAGAAGACAAACGCUGGGGCGCCCCCCACUUCGAGGAGAUGUUCUUCGCCGAGGACACCAUUUGUACACUGCAGGGCAGCCCAUCGGACUGAUCUUGGCCACAUCGGCAGGGCGCGCUGCCGAAGGGGCCCGGGCCGUCAAGGUCGAGUACUACGGGCUACCUGCCAUCUUCACCAUGGAGGAGGCCAUUGAGAAGGAGAGCUUCUUCAGCUUCUUCAAAGAGAUCAAGAAGGGCGACCCUGAGGAGGGCUUCAAGAACUGCGACCACGCUUUCACAGGUGUGGCCAGGAUCGGCGGAUAGGAGCAUUUCAAUCUCGAGACAAACGUCACCCUAGCCG